CCAAUUAAUAAAGUAAAGGUUUAUCGACAUCAACGCCGUUCUCUCGAUUGUGAGUUACAAGCAACAUACUUGAAUCGUGGGUUACGAUUCAUCAAUUGAUAUCAGAGCCUGGUUGCUUAUCCUACUGAGAUGGGUGGCAUGGUCCUCGACCUGACCGGGAUCCACGCCCUAGCGCUAAGGAGACUCGCAAGAAGGCCGAGGCAACUUAUGGAAGCUUGCGGUGACAUCAAUCAAACCGCAGCGCUAUGUCGUGAUUGGGAGCAUCCAUUGAAAAGGUUGGAACCCAACCACAACCAUGUAACCAUCACUGGUGGGAAGCAGAGCGAUGUCGAUGUAGCCUGCAUCGACGCCAACGAAAUCAGGGUGGCAGAGGAUAUCAAGAACCCCGUCAAUGAGAUCGUCGGAAAGGAAACAAUGCGCAUGGGUGAACAAGACCUAGGUGAGGUGUUUUCCGGUGAGAAAAAUUGCGUUGAAUUGAAAUUGAUUGCACUUUGACUUCUUUGGACAACGAUUACUAAGACACGACUCACACCUCUUCAAACAAAGUUCGAACGAGGGUGUUUGAUUGAUAGUUUUUGGGAACAAGAUCUAAAUUCAAUUACUUCUACGCCUACGGAGGUUCAGUGAGAGCUCCAACGAAGACUAAGGCUACAUUGCAGAGAAAAUGAUAAAGUUUGACGUAGACGUCAAAUGGUUGGUUGUGGAACCUCCUAUCUCUGUCGACCCUUCCUCUUAUUUAUAGCCAUGGGGAGUAACUAUCGUAGAAUACCGCUUCUUGGAUAACUCCCAAAAAGAACCGCUCCCUACUUUCUCGGAGUGGUGGUUACUCCUUCAACCUCCUAGGUGUUCUCUUAGAACCGUCGUGGAUCUUAGAGUGUAGCUUGCCUCAUCUGGUCUUGUUCCAAAUCUCAUGUCGUGCUAGUUUUUUUAUGAGCAUGUGGUGUCUCUCAAAGGGGUCGUGGUCCUCUUGCCUCAUGGUGAUAGACUUCUUACUCAUGUUCAUGACCCUCUUGGGACUUAGUCACUAGUGAUAUAGUGCUCCACCACCACAGCCUUCUCAUUCGUGUCCAGGGUCCCUCUCGUGAGGCGGCAUGGACCUCCCAAUCAUAGACAUGGCCCCUCUAGUAAGGCGGCAUGUCCUUCCCAGACUUAUUAUAUUUUGGGUCAGUCGGUCUUGAUCAUGAGGCAACAUGACCUCUUCAUUCGUGACCAUGGACUUCUCAAUCAUGUCUGUGGCCCUUCCCAUGACACGACCUUCUCAUAAUUGGUAUUUUUCAACCACACCUAGGGUCUCUUGUCACGCAUCAAGCGACACGUCCCUCUAGAUUUUAGACGGGCAUGUCCCUCCUUGUUGAGGUGGCACGUCUCUCUCUUACUUAGAAUAUUUUUGUACACCAUAAGAGCCAUGAUCACAUGACUUAAGGGGGUGGAAACUCCUCCUCUCAUGUCCAUGUCUUGUUGAGACGAUACGUGCCUCUGGAUUCUAGGCGGACACGGGCCUUCUCGUGACACGACAUUGGCCCUCUCAUACUUAGUAUUUUUCAAUUAUGCCUAAGGCUCUUGUCUCGCGUCCAUGACCCUUCUCAUGACUCGUCAUGGACGUCUCAUCUUGUCUCGCGUCCAUGCCCGUUCUCGUGAAGCGUCAUAGACCUCUCAGACUUAGUCAUUUUUGUCUCCUUUUAGAGAUGACGUGUGCUUAUAGAUUUUAGAUGGACAUGGCCCUCCUAGUUGAAGCGGCACGUGAUUCUCCUUGAAGCGGCCUGUACUCCUUCCCGACUUAGUUUAUUUUUCACUCAUUUGGUCUUGGUCGUGAGGCGGCAUGGCCGCUUCGUGAAGUGGCAUGUCCUUCUCGAGACCUAAAAUAUUUUUGACCAUACUGGGGCCUUCCUUGAGAUGGCAUGUGCUUGUAAAUUCUAGAUGGACAUAGCCCUUCUGGUUGAAGCAGCACAUGCCUCUUCGGACUUAGAAUAUAUUGUACACCGGAGGGGGCCACAAUCAUGUUUCCAUGAUGUCUUCCUUGAGAUGACAUGUGCUUCUAAAUUCUAGAUGGACAUGGUCCCUCCUCAUUGAAGCAUCACGUCCCUCUCCAGACUUAGAAUAUUUUUGUGCCAUCUCGUGGCACAACAUGGCCUCCUACGAGAGGUCCAUGUCCCUUAUUGAAUCAUGUCCAUGCUCAUUAAUGAGCUAGUGACUUGGGCUUAAAAUCAAUAUCCAUAAGGCCCAAUUUAAACAACAUUAAUUGUUAUAAUUAAUGUUGCCUUAUAAAUUUCUUGAUUAUCU